CCCAAAUUUAGGAAUUUUUUGUCUGGAAGCCAAAAAUCCACCGCACACGCAUCUUGUCAGGCUAUAUAAGCCCGUGUUAUCAUCUUAAUUCGGUGUAGUUAGUGAGAUUUCACCAGCAGCAAAGCAAUCAAAGAUGGGCCCCUUCCACAGGCAGUUUCUGCUCCCGAUCCUGGUGCUUCUGGCCCUGGCCGGAACAGCACUCAGUGGAGUUCAGGAGGUGCACAAUGUGCUCGAGUUGACGGGUCAGCUUGCCAGUAAGCUGAGGUUCUCCACGGAUGUGGCCAACGGCAAGUACACCCCACCGGAGGAGAUGGAUCCCCAAUUCUGGUACAAUAUCGCCGACGAGGAGCUUACCAAAAGGCUGCAACUACCACAGCCCAGUACGCAGAAGGCCAAGAACAUCAUUAUGUUCCUCGGAGAUGGUAUGCCACUCGCCACCGUCGCAGCUGCUCGCAUCCUGAAAGGACAACGUCUGGGAAAUACUGGUGAGGAGUCCUCGCUGAGCUUCGAGCGAUUCCCCUAUACUGGGUUGAGCAGGACCUACUGCUCCAACGCCCAAGUGCCCGACUCCGCCUGCACGGCCACCGCUUACUUGUGCGGUGUGAAGACCAACAUCAUCAACAUUGGAGUAAGUGCAGCAGUGGAAUACAAUAACUGCACCGCCAGCCAGGAUCCGGCCAACCGUCUGACCUCCAUCGCCGAGUGGGCCCAGAACGCUGGGAAAUCCACUGGCAUUGUGACCACCACCACACUGACCCACGCCAGUCCCUCGGGAGCCUAUGCCAAGACGGCCAACCGGAUGUGGGAGUGCGAUACGGAUGUGACCACCUAUGGUGCGGAUGCCAGCACCUGCAUCGACAUGGCCACCCAACUGGUGACCCAGACGCCCGGCAAGAACUUUGAGGUCAUGUUCGGCGGCGGAAUGGGCAAGUUCCUUCCCAAGAGCAUCGUUGAUAGUCACGGUAAAGCUGGAGAGCGAUCCGAUGGCGUGAAUCUGCUGUCCCGCUGGCAAGGACUUCACGACGGAGGCGUCUUGGUCACCAAUCGGGAUCAGCUGCUUAAGUUAAACGUCUCUGCCGUGUCCAGCGUCAUUGGACUCUUCCAAUCGUCGUUAAUGAAAUUCCACAAGGAGGCGGAUGCCACCUACCAACCCACCCUCUCCGAACUGACCGAAGUGACCAUCAAGAAGCUUAGCCAGAACAAGAACGGAUACUUUGCUUUUAUCGAAGGUGGUCUCAUUGAUUACGGCAACCACUACACCAAAGCUGGUUACGCUUUGGAUGAGGCUCUGGAGUUCGAGAAGGCCGUUCAGUUGGCCAGGGACCUCACUGACAUCGAGGACACGCUGAUUGUGGUGACCGCCGAUCACGGACAUGCCGUCAGUAUUGCCGGUUAUCCUGGCAGAGGAACCCCCAUUCUGGGCAUCAACCAGCACGACACCGAUGUCAAUGGUGUGAAGUACUCGGUGCUUAACUACGCGGCUGGACCCAAUCAGUAUCUGGAUGAGAAUGGCCAGCGUAUACCCUUGGACGACAUCCUUGGUGCGGAUGACGCCAUCACGCCCAGUUACAUACCCAUGGCUCAAGGCGUGCACUCCGGCGAGGAUGUGGGCGUCUUCGCCUCCGGUCCACAGAGUCACCUUUUCACCGGAAUGAUGCAGCAGAGCACCAUUCCCCACCUGAUGGCCUACGCCGCCUGCAUUGGAAGCGGACAGAAGGUGUGCGACAACUAACUGUGGCAACUAUGGCACUAAAGUUUGAGCCUAAGUCUAUCGUUC